GCUGGCGGUUUUUGUCACUAUUUGAGUAGUGAUGGAGAGCGGGUCCAGAUUAGGAGCUGGGGACCCAGCCCCUGCCAUUGAGCGUCCCGGGAUCCAGCCCGGCCCCACUGCGAGAGUCAGCACGGCCAGGUCCUCGUUCGCUAGCUCGGGCCCCGCGGCAGCGUUGGGCGGUGGUCAGCCCGUGGAAACACAAUCUCGGGCUGCUUUUAAGAGUCAGAUACCCCAGAGGUCCAAAGAGAUAGAAUUCCACAAGGCUCUCAACUCAACAGACCCAGAAAAUGAAUUGAAUAAAACCACCAAGCAGAGGCAGAUGAAGACUAUGGAUCCUGCUAUUAAGAAGAACAUUAGAAAGAGCUACAGACCAUUAAAUCGACAGAAAGCUGAGGAAGAGCUCAAAGAGAAGAACCAGCUGUUAGAAGCAGUUAACAAGCAGUUGUACCUGAAGCUGACUGAAAGCCAGGAAGAGCUGAAGGUGCUGACUCAAAAGGUGGAACUGCUGGAGGAAUCUCAGGAUAGCUACUUGGCAAUUUUGGAGAGUGGCAAUAUUGACCCAGUUACAGGCAAACAGAUCCUGGAAAACCAUCAAGAAACAAUGAAAUGUCAAAAGGACUCUAUGUUGCUCUUGGAAAGUCUGAAAGAUGAACUGAAGCUUUUUAACCAGACAGCUACAAAGCAGAUGGAGGAGUUACAGGCAUUAAAAGUGAAGUUGAAGGUGGAAGAAGAGAAGAGAUCUCAUUUCCUAGAAAAACGGGCAGCAUUUAACAACAAAAAAGAUGAUCUCACAGCCAUCCUUAAACAAAUGGAACAAUUACUAGCACUUUGAGCAGAAAGAGGGUUCAU